CUCUCUGCCCUAAUGUCAUAAAUCAGCGGCACUUGAGAACUCUGAAUUACCUCUUUUACAAGAGAUUUGUUGAGAAAACCAUGACUCAGGAGAAUUGGACAGAUCAUGUUCAGAGCACAGUUGGAGAGAAUCGAUGGCUUCAAGGGCACCUGAUACAGUUGCUAAUCAGUUACUGUGAUCUGAACACAGCGGCAAGAUGGGCACAACGCUGCAAUUUGCCCAAGGAGAUGCUACCUUAUGGAGUGGCUGAUGAGCUUCAAAAGCUUCAGAUCCAAGAGAGGGUAGAAGAGGCCUCAAAAGAAGAUCAUUAUGAAGAGAGUAGGAAGAAGGACUAUUACCAGCUUCCUAUUCCACGGGCAAAUAUUCACUUCCUGCAGACAUGGGAAGAGAUGCUGCAGUGCUGGGAAAAGGUGCUGCGGCCCGGGCAGGUUGUUGGCAUUGACAUGGAGUGGAGGCCCUCGUUCGGCAUGGUCGGGAAGCCCCGUGUCUCCCUCCUUCAAAUUGCUCUGAAGGAUGAAGUGUUCCUCCUUGACUUGCCACGGCUCCUUGAGCAAGCUGGGACGGAGGGUGAGAAGGAGAAGCUUCCUCAUUUCAUCCAGAUGCUCUAUUCAGAUGCAGCCAUCACUAAACUAGGGUAUGGGAUGUCUGAAGACCUUAAAAGCCUUGCAGCCACAUGGUCUGCUUUGAAAGACACAGAUAAGCAAGCACAAGGUGUGGUGGACCUGCUCACAGUAGACAAACAACUGCAGAAGAGCUCCAUUGACUGGAAGAAGGGCGGCCGGAAGGUCGAUGUACUGUCCCCAGAGCAGAGCUAUGAGGGUAGAAGGUUCAGGCAGCCAGAGAAAGGACUCAGCCUCUUGGUGCAACAUGUGCUGGGGAAACCUCUAGAUAAAACAGAGCAGCUGUCUAACUGGGAGAAACGGCCUCUGCGGGAGGAACAGAUACUCUAUGCAGCUUCAGAUGCGUACUGUUUGCUGGAGAUCUAUGAGAAACUCUGCAAGGAUCCAGCAAGCUUUGGUCUGAGUUCAGACCUGACUGAGAGUCUGGUGGGAAAACCAAGCAUAAAAGCCAGGUCCAAGAAGCAGCUGAAUAAACAAGAAGUACCAUCACCUUCUGGACAGGUUU